GGUAAGCUCUCUUGUAGGUCAAAUUCGGCCAAAUUUUCAAAGAAAAGCGACAGUGCUGUAAGCGCUUGCGACGAGUAUACACAAUUUUCCGGAAACUAAUUCGAUCGUUAUCAUCUAAUAUGGGUGGCAAGUACAAGAUUGUGAUGGUCCGUCAUGGCGAAUCUGAGUGGAAUCAGAAGAAUCAAUUCUGCGGCUGGUUCGAUGCCAAUCUCAGUGACAAGGGCAAGGAGGAGGCCCUAGCCGCUGGUAAGGCUGUUAAGGAUGCAGGCCUCGAAUUCGAUGUGGCCCACACUUCGGUUUUGACCCGUGCCCAAGUGACUCUAGCCAGCAUAUUGCAAGCCAGUGGCCACAAGGAAAUUCCCAUCCAAAAGACUUGGCGUCUCAAUGAACGUCACUAUGGUGGUCUAACCGGUCUGAACAAGGCCGAGACGGCUGCCAAAUACGGUGAGGCCCAGGUGCAAAUCUGGCGUCGCAGCUUCGACACACCACCACCUCCAAUGGAACCAGGCCAUGCGUACUACGAUACCAUUGUGAAGGAUCCUCGUUAUGCUGAUGGACCCAAGCCCGAAGAGUUCCCUCAAUUCGAGUCCCUCAAAUUGACCAUCGAACGUACACUGCCAUACUGGAACGAUGUGAUCAUUCCACAGAUGAAGGAGGGCAAGCGUAUCCUGAUUGCUGCCCAUGGCAACAGUCUGCGAGGCAUUGUCAAGCAUUUAGAUAAUCUCUCUGAGGAUGCUAUUAUGGCUCUGAAUCUGCCCACUGGUAUCCCAUUCGUUUAUGAGUUGGAUGAAAACUUCAAGCCUGUGGUGUCCAUGCAGUUUUUGGGUGAUGAGGAGACAGUCAAGAAGGCCAUUGAAGCCGUGGCUGCUCAGGGCAAAGCCAAGUAAAGCGCACAAAAUAAGGCACACAGAAUUGCCCCGCAUGAUAACCCCACAUAAUCGUUGUUGUUGUUCCCGUAGCAGUUAAUCUGAUUCAUCCCCACAUUAAAGUUAUUAAAUAAUUUAUUCAAA